CCUGGAGACAGUUUUAGAAAUCAGAAUGGAACAAACACACUAAAGGUUGGUGAGCAAUGAAAGAAAGUGAAUCCUGAAGUGGUCGUUCUACAUCCCUGCCAACUGAAUUAUUUUAUUAAGUGGAAACACUGAGAAAUAUGUGAAUAUGACUUAGAAAUUUAUCCCAUUUUCAUAAUUCCAAAGAUCUCCUAACCCUGCUGGGCUUCUAGGUGAGGCAAUUGUAAUGGCUUUACGGCUUUAACCUGCUGCUCAUUCAAGAAUGGUAGUAAUGAACACAAGUUAAUAGUGAGCACUAUUCCACAGGCCAUGUUAGCAGGUGGGGUGGGGUGCCAGCUCUGCUGUCUGUACUCCCACAAACAGCCUCCAGCAUCGAUUUGGUGCUUUUUGUUUCACUAUUCCAUUUAAUAACAAUAAAUGCUCCCUGGUGGCAGGGUCCUGGAAGUGACGUGCUCCUGUCACUGCAGAGCCUCGGUGUGCUGAAAGUCAAGGGGAUGAUGUGUCGCUCUGUUCUGUCCCUGUAAGGUUGCUUUUUUCAGUGAUUUCUAUUUAUAAACCAUGGGUGUGUCUGGAGAGAGAACUCCAUCCCUGUCGUUGGAAAUAGUGUCUUAAAAGAGCUGCCUGCAUCUCUGCAGUCCUCCCAUUUAACGCUGGACAGAGAAGUUGCCUCCAACCCUUAACAUUCCGGCCUGAUUUUUACUCAUGCCCGUAUUAACAACGUUAUUAAUUAUCACAUUUUUCUAGCUGCUCGAGCUCCGGGGUGAGGAGGCGGCCGCGAGAUUCGAACCCGCGGCUAAAGGACUCGAACCGGCAGCCCCAGGACUCGAACCCGUGGCCCCUUCGCUGUGGGGGGCGGAGCUUCUUCCAACGGCGGGCGGGGCCGGGCGGUGCCGGGCCGUGACGCGGGUGUGCGGCGGGGGAGCCUCCAUGCUCAACGUGACAUCCUUGAAGCGUUCCCGGUUCCACGAAUGCCCGGCAGAGCUCUGGCCCCCAGUCCCCUAUGAGUUCAUCACUACAGCGUUCUGCUUCGCCCCAGGCAUUUAGCCCCGAUCACAAGAACAGCAUCAUUAGGAGGCAGAGACAGGAGCUCAAGCUUUUAAUUGCAGAACUGAAAGAUCGUGACAAGGAGCUCAAUGACAUGGUGGAAGUGCACGAGAGACACAUUCAGGCCUGGGAAGAUGAUCGCCAAAAAAUACUGACUUUAGCAGAACGAUGCAGCUUAUUAACUAGUGAGCUGAACGAGAGAAAUGCAGUUAUAAAAUCACUGACCAAAAAGUUAAAGUUAUUAGAAUCCCAGCAUAAUGACAGUAAGAUAACACUUGAAAGCACACAACAGAAGUUUAAAGAGCUCACUCAAAAAGUAACAGAUUCAUCUGUUCACUGCCAGGCUCUGGAGGAGAAAAAUCAGAGUCUCCACUGCUCAGUUUUGGAACUGUCUGCUAAAACAGGCCAGCUGCAAGCCAGGGAACAGGAGCUUCUCUCUAUGCUUCAGAUGAAGGACAAGGCCUUAAUUGAAACAACUGAUCAGAUUACUGAGGUUACAUCUAAAUUUAAAACCCUGGAGAAUGCCCUGCGUACAGCGAAGUUGGAUGAAUUCACUCGCAACAGGGAACACCAGGACCUCAAGGUGACAUUCAACGAUGUCAUGAGUCAAGUAAAUAAGAUGAAAGAUAUCCUCUCUGAAAAGAUGAAAGAGAGCAGCAAGAACCAGGAAGAAAUCAGUCACCUGAAACAAGAAAAUGGCUGUUUGAGGAGUGAGCUGAUACUGGCAGUGGAAGAAGCCCAGAGAAAGGAUCAACUUUUUCAGUUUGCCAAGUCGAAGCAAGUGCGGAUUGAAAGAGAAUUGUCCAGUUUGCGACAGGUCUGUGUAAAACAGCAACGGGACUUGCACUUCCUCCAUGUCAACUUUGAUAGCUCGCAGGAAUCCAGGCAAAACCAUGAAAAUGCAUCAAGUGGAAAGAGCUCAGGGGCCACAUUCUCUGCCUCUGAAAGCCCCAGCAAGACAGACAAGGGUAGGACUGAGGGCAGCCACAGGAUGUGCGAGGAGUGUGGAACUGCACCAGUUCCAGCAAGUAGGGUAAAACCCACCCCUGAGAUGUGUGAAGUAGAUAAUAGACAGUUACUGAAUGCUUCAGACUUGGAGGAAACUGCUUCAGCGUUGUUAAACGCGUGUCAAAAAGCUGUGAAAGGCUUGGCCGUGCCUGUGGAAGAAGGAGAAAAGCAGGAUGUUACAUCAAGCUUUGAUGAGCUAGACAGUGAAAAAUCUCAUGAGGUAAACAACACAAGUCCAUUGAGAAACAGGGAAAUUGGAGAGAAUGAAGUGAAAAGCAGAGACCAAAAAACCUUUGAGGUGUCUUUGCCUUCAUAUGAUCGUUGGCUUAAAAUCAAAUCUCAUGUAGAUUUGCAAAGCACUUUAAUCCAGAGCAGCACCACGUCUGACAAAACUGAUAAUGGAAACAAAACCUGGGAAGAGAGAUCUGACACUGAGUCUGGCCAAAAAAGCAGAGAGACUCCUACCACUUGCAAGUCUGACUCUGAUUCCAGUAUUUAUAACUUCAUUGUAAUUAAAGACAAACAGUGGAAGCCACUCUCAGAUCUGGAAUGGCUGGAGAUUUUCAAGCCCAAAAAGAGAGAUGGAAAUACACACCGUGGAAGAGAUUACAGCUGUUUGGAGACUGCACAAGAGAUGAAAUGUACCUGCUCAAAAAGGUUAUGAGUUUGUUGCCUUUAAGAAAUAAGCAUAAGCUAGAAUAUAUAGAAACUUAGGUAUAUAAGCUCUCAGUAUUAGCUCAAGCUAUGUUUAGGAUAACUGCUGUUUUAAAUUUAGCUUUUCAACCUGAAAAGUAACAAAUUUAAAAUAAAAAUAGCUCUUAAAGUAUCAUGAUUCUAUUUUUAUGCAUUUAUUUUUUUCUCCUCUCUUAUCCCCAAGAGCUGUGUGGGCAGGAGAAGCUGCAAUACCAUAUAAC